AUGGCCGCACUACGCUUCGGGGAGCCCCCGGCGGAGCCCCCUGCCUUCCCCACAGGCAGGUGGGCGGGGGGCGGCGGGCCCAGCCCGGCCUCGCCCGCCCUCAGGGCGCUUCCCGCGGCGGAGCGGGGCCGGGGCCCGGCCGAGGGGGCGCCGGCGGCCUCGCAGCGUCGGAAGCGGACCAGCUUCACGGCGGCACAGCUAGAGACACUUGAGCUGGUCUUCCAGGACACCAUGUACCCCGACAUCUACCUGCGCGAGAAGCUGGCCGACGCCACGCAGAUACCCGAGUCCCGCAUCCAGGUCUGGUUCCAGAACCGGCGCGCCAAGUCCCGCCGCCAGCGGGGCGCGCCCCGCCCCGGCCCCGCCGCGCCGCCGCUCACGGAGCCGCCGCCAGCGCCGGGCUACCCGCAGCCGCCCCGCUUCGCCGCCCUGCGCGCCCCGGAGCGGCCCCGCUACGCCCUCUCCGGCGUGGCCCCGAUCGUCCCCGUCAAGGAGGAGAGCUCGGCUCCCUACCACUGGCCGCCGGCCGCCGCUUUCACCCCCGGCCCCAUCUUCGAGGGCUUCCCGCCCAGCCAGCCCGGCGGCGCCGAGGCCGCCUCGUUCGCCGGGCCGCCGGCGGCCGCGGGGAGCGGGGCCGGCCUCUACCCGCCGGCCCGCGCCUUCUGCGGGCAAUACUCGCCCGUCUCGGACGCCGAGGACACCAGCGGCUACUCGGAGUCGGGCUCAGAGUGGGAGGAGAACACCCUGGGUGCCUUCCGCACUCUCUGAGCGCUGACCCG